UUUAGUUUGCAGUGUUGAUAAUGAUUGUGAUCCAGAACGUGGGACCCAGAUCCCCAGCCAGGCGCAGGAGGCAGUGGGUGAAGAGGCUUCAGUGGGGUGUCCUUCUGGUGCUGAUGGUCCUCAUCUAUGGCUCACAUGCGCCACUCAUCGCCCUCACCAAGGUAGACGGCCAAGUCCCUUUCAGCCCCUCUUCUUGUGUUGUCAUGAUUGAGUUAGCCAAACUCCUGAUCUCCCUGGCGACCCUCCUCCUGACUGGUGAAACGUCUGCCUUGCGUGCUCCUCCAUCCCUGGGCCUUGUGGCCCCCUACGCAGUCCCUGCCGUCCUCUACGCCCUCAACAACAACCUAGUUGUUCUCAUGCAGGCCUAUAUGGACCCUAGCUCCUACCAAGUCCUCAGCAACCUGAAAAUCGCCUCCACCGCCUUGCUCUACUCCUCCUGUUUGGGCAAAAGGCUUCGACGGGCUCAGUGGUUAGCCCUGGGGCUCCUCAUGGCGGCCGGAGUGUGCCACAGUUACAGCAGCAUGGGUCCAGCGGACGUUGAGAGGGCUGAAGCUGAGCCAAGUUUGAAGCUUCAUGUCACAGCCUGGGGACUUUUCCUGGUGCUGGUGUACUGCUUUGUUUCAGGUCUUGCAGCUGUUUACACAGAGAGGGUGCUGAAGAGCCAACAGCUUCCACUCAGCCUGCAGAAUCUGUAUCUGUACAUGUUUGGAGUUGCCGUCAACGGGGUCACGUCUCUCUCCAGUGUUGCAAACGAAAAGGGCUUCCUGGAGGGGUACUCGGCAGCUGUGUGGGUCAUCGUAGCAGGGCAGGCAGUGAAUGGCCUCCUGAUGUCUGUGGUGCUGAAGCACGGCAGCGGGAUCACCAGACUGUUUGUCAUCUCGUGCUCCAUGUUGGUCAACGCCGUGCUGUCCCGGGCCGUCUUAGGGCUGCAGCUCACCCCUCUCUUCCUCCUGCCUGUUUCUAUGAUUGGUCUGGCAGCUUACUUAUAUUACAAGUAGUGGAAUCUUUAUCAAGACAGUAAUGAGGUCCAGUGAACACAAAGGACCUCCCAGCACUGUCUAGUUAAAAUGAUGUUGCCUAGGUUUUUGAAAUUAAGGUUCGAAUGGGGUGUGUGUGUUCUGCCUGCUAUGUAAAACGUUUUGUCUGAGUUUUGUUUUUCCAUCUAAUUUCAAAUGGUCCAAGUUGGAUUUUAGCUGAAAAUAAUUACCCAUGACCGGGCAGUAGAAACUUCACUUUGACCUCCACAUUCUCAACAAAUACAUUUAUUUGUGUCCUGUCCAGUCACAAAGAUGCCUUUUUAAAUUCACCAAUUUGUAUCAUACUUAUCUCUUACACUGUUACAGGUGACGUCACAUUUGGAGGUUGAAGUAUUAUAUCUUCACAGUUACACAUUUCUCGAGAGUGGUGCUAUUGUCAGUUUAAUUACAUUUUAUAAAUCAGAGUCUAAGUCAAAUGUCAAAGAUAAAGGAGACACAAAAUGUUAUUCAGUCUGUAAAGUAACUAAUAAAUACAUUGUCCAAGAGCUCUAUUUCUCAUGAUUUAUAGUAACUAAAAGAGAAUUCGUUUUUGUUAUUGUUGGGUUAACACUUCAACCUUGGGAUCCCCUCGCACAACUAGAGUAUCCUUGAGCUCCAUCAGUGCUACAGAGAAAAUGGAAGAGAAUUAUUGUUAUUGCAUUGUACAUAUAAGAUAAAUUAAUCAAUGAGAACAAGCGGCAGUGGCCCUACA